AUGGCGUCCAAGCUGAACCCCAACGUCCUCUACGUGGUGGAGCCCGGGGACCCGCUGGCGCCGACCCAGCAGGACAGCGACCGGAGCCACAUGGCCGGUGAGGCUGGAGAGGAGUCCUCGGACAGCGACGGGGAGCAAGAGGAGACCUCACACAAGCUCAUACGCAAAGUUUCCACAUCAGGCCAGAUCCGAACAAAGAAAAGUGUUAAGGAGGGAAUCCUAUUGAAACAGACCAGCUCCUUUCAGAGAUGGAAGAGGAGGUAUUUCAAACUGAGAGGAAGGACCCUCUACUAUGCCAAAGACUCCAAGGCUCUGAUUUUUGAUGAGGUGGAUCUGUCGGAUGCCAGCGUGGCUGAAACCAGCACCAAGAACAUCAACAACAGCUUCACGGUGAUCACACCGUUUCGUAAGCUGAUGUUGUGUGCAGAGAGCAGGAAGGAGAUGGAGGACUGGAUCACCGCGCUCAAAUCAGUCCAGAAAUGGGAAAUCUAUGAGGCCAGCCAGUUUAAUAUGGAGCAUUUCUCUGGGAUGCACAACUGGUAUGCCUGCUCCCACGCCAGACCCACCUUCUGCAACGUCUGCAGAGAAGCCCUGCCGGGGGUCACGUCCCACGGCCUGUCCUGCGAAGUGUGUAAGUUCAAGGCCCAUAAGCGCUGUGCCGUGCGCUCCACCAACAAUUGCAAAUGGACCACACUGGCCUCCAUAGGAAAUGACAUCAUGGAGGAUGAGGACGGGGUGUCCAUGCCCCAUCAGUGGCUGGAGGGCAACCUGCCAGUCAGUGCCAAGUGUGUUGUGUGUGACAAGAACUGUGGCAGUGUCAGGAGGCUGCAGGACUGGCGCUGCCUCUGGUGCAAGGCCAUUGUUCACAACAGCUGUAAAGAACAAAUGGGGAAGGUGUGUCCCUUGGGUCAGUGUCGCGUGUCCAUCAUUCCUCCCACGGCCCUCAACAGCAUUGAUUCAGAUGGCUUCUGGAAGGCCACUUCAGCAUCAUGUCUCAGCCCGCUGUUGGUCCUUGUCAACUCCAAGAGCGGAGACAACCAGGGAGUCAAGUUCCUACGCAAGUUCAAACAACUGCUCAACCCCGCCCAAGUCUUUGACCUGAUGAAUGGAGGACCACAGCUCGGCUUGCGUCUUUUCCAGAAGUUUGCAACGUUUCGUAUCCUGGUGUGCGGAGGAGACGGCAGUGUUGGCUGGGUCCUCUCUGAACUGGACAAGCUCAACCUGCACAAACAGUGCCAGCUAGGUGUGUUACCCCUAGGUACAGGAAAUGACCUAGCCCGUGUCCUGGGUUGGGGGGGGCUCUGUGACGAUGAUGCUCAGCUCCUUCAAAUCCUAGAGAAGCUGGAGAGAGCCACCACCAAGAUGCUGGACCGGUGGAGCGUAAUGACAUACGAAGUGCCCACCAAACACACACCCAUAGUAAAAGAAGAUGAUGGUCUUGAUUCCCCUCUACAGGUUCACAUUACUCAGUAUGCAGACUCUGUUGCCUCUCACCUCACCAAGAUCCUGGACUCGGACAGACACAGUGAUGUCAUAUCCUCUGCCAAGUUUCUAUGUGGGACGGUGAAUGACUUUGUUGCGGAGGUGGGGAAGGCAUAUGAGAAAGCCACUGAGAACAAGGAAGAGGCGGAUGCCAUGGCCAAAAAGUGUGCCCUACUGAAUGAGAAGCUGGAUUCGCUUGUCAAGGCCUUGAGCGAGGAGGCUGAGGCCCAGGUGGUGCCGGCGGGCACCGUGCCCAGCCAGGAGGGGGGCAGCUGCAGCACAGGGCCCAGCGACGAGAGCAGUGAGGCGGGCACGGAGGGAAGGACGUAUCGCUCCAAAGAGCAACUGAUGCUGAGAGCCAACAGCCUGAAGAAAGCUCUUAAGCAGAUUAUAGAGCAAGCUGAGAAAGUGGUGGAUGAGCAGAACAGACACACCCAGAUGCAGGAGAUGUCUUCCUCCUCUUCCAUAAAGAGGGAAAAUAGUGAAGAGUUGAAGGACGCAGAGCCACGUCAAGGAAGUUUAAGUCCCACAUCCACCGUUGUUCUGGAAAAAACAGACAGCCUCAACAUUGUCACCUUCAACGAGGACACAGUACAAUGUUCAGAGAAGUGUGUGAUGAACAAUUACUUUGGCAUCGGUCUGGACGCCAAGAUCUCCCUCGAGUUCAACAACAAGAGAGAUGAGCACCCUAAGAAAUGCAGUAGUCGCACCAAGAACAUGAUGUGGUAUGGAGUGUUGGGGACCAAGGAACUGGUUCAAAAGACCUACAAGAACCUGGAGCAGAGGGUUCAGCUGGAGUGUGAUGGGGUUUCCAUGUCGCUGCCAAGUCUGCAGGGCCUGGCAGUCCUCAACAUCCCCAGCUAUGCAGGCGGUAUCAACUUCUGGGGAGGCACCAAGGAGGACAAUAACUUCGGUGCUCCGUCCUUCGAUGACAAGAAGCUGGAGGUGGUGGCUGUGUUUGGCAGCAUGCAGAUGGCCAUGUCUAGAGUGAUCAACCUGCAGCAUCACCGCAUAGCACAGUGUCGCCAGGUAAAGAUCACCAUCCUCGGAGAAGAAGGGGUUCCUGUGCAGGUGGAUGGGGAGGCGUGGGUCCAGCCUCCCGGCAUCGUCAAGAUUGUCCACAAGAACCGCGCACAGAUGCUGACCAGGGACAGGGCCUUUGAGAACACCCUGAAGUCAUGGGAGGAUAAGAGGAAGAGUGACAGCUACCGGGAGACCAGGCCUCGCCUCAACUCCCAGCAGUCCAUGGAGUACCUGACGGAGGAGGAGUGUGCCCAGGUGCAGCAGCUUGGCAUAGUGGCCGACACACUCAUCACCAAGAUCCGCGAGGCAGCCAAGACCCACAAGCUGGUGGAGCAGGAGUUGGCUCACGCCGUCAACGCCACAGCCCUGGUCCUCUCUGAAGCCUUCCCCUCCAAACUGUCCAGCCCCGAGUUUCUUAGUCGCAGCACGGCGGUGGAGAUUGUCAACACCAGUAAAGUCCUUCAGGCUGAGACCAGGAUGCUGCUGGAUGGUAAACUAAUGGUGGACUCCCCAGAUGAGGAGGAGCUCCAGUCCACUCUGAACAGCCUGAGCGUUGAGCUCCACAAGCUGGACGACAUCCACUGGAUCUGCCCCCUCAUGCAGUGCUCCGAGGAGGACUCUGUGAGGGUAAGCAGUAAGAGCAGCAGCAGUAUGAAGCUGAAGAUCAUGCCCAAGGUGAAGAAAGACAGAGAGAAGCUACACAAGCAGAGGUCCAACAGUUCCCUCUCAGGAGUUUGGGAUAUCAAAGGAGUGACAGGUGAGGCAGAUUCCUCAGGCAAUUAAAGACCUUCUGAAGGUGCUUUACAAAAUGCCCCCUGACACCAGGACGGCCGUGGGUGGGGGGGGGACUUCUGUUAUUCUGUCCUCUGAGUGGGAUCGGACGGCGGAGGAUAAGAACCGUCCUCCUGUCACCCUGCCGGCUCCCUCUACCUGUUUCUUCUCUGUCCUCCACUUACUAAACAGGCAGGAGGUUGUUUUUGUUUUUU